AGCUAAUAUACUUCCCUCUCUUCCAGAUGCUGGCCAAGAAGAGGUGAGAUAGAAAAGAGACGGUCUAGAACCCAAGACUUAAUCCUAAUGUAAAUUCUUGCACCAGGAUGGAAGGAGAAUCUCACCACAAUACAACCAUUGUCAAUGACACCCCAGUAAAUCACCAGCCUUUGGAACGCCAUGGGUUGUGGGAAGUCAUCACCAUCGCAGCUGUGACUGCUGUGGUAAGCCUGAUCACCAUUGUGGGCAACGUCUUAGUCAUGAUCUCCUUCAAAGUCAAUAGUCAACUGAAGACAGUGAACAACUAUUACCUGCUCAGCUUAGCCUGUGCAGAUCUCAUCAUUGGGAUCUUCUCCAUGAACCUCUACACUACCUACAUCCUCAUGGGACGCUGGGUGCUUGGGAGUCUGGCUUGUGACCUCUGGCUUGCACUGGACUAUGUGGCUAGCAAUGCUUCUGUCAUGAACCUUCUGGUGAUCAGUUUUGACCGUUACUUUUCUAUCACAAGACCUCUGACAUAUCGGGCCAAGCGUACCCCAAAAAGGGCUGGCAUCAUGAUUGGCCUGGCCUGGCUAAUCUCCUUCAUCCUUUGGGCCCCGGCAAUCCUCUGCUGGCAAUACCUGGUUGGGGAGCGGACAGUGCCACCAGAUGAGUGCCAGAUCCAGUUCCUCUCUGAGCCCACCAUCACUUUCGGCACUGCCAUCGCUGCCUUCUACAUCCCUGUUUCGGUCAUGACGAUCCUCUACUGCCGAAUCUACCGGGAAACAGAGAAGCGAACCAAGGACCUGGCUGACCUCCAGGGCUCUGACUCCAUGGCUGAAGCUGAGCCAAGAAAGCCAGCUCAUAAGGCUCUGCUGAGGUCCUGCUUUAGCUUCCCUCGACCCACACUGGCCCAGAGGGAAAGGAACCAAGCCUCCUGGUCAUCCUCCCGCAGGAGCACUUCCACCACUGGGAAGCCAUCCCAAGUCACCGGCCCAAGCACCGAGUGGGCCAAAGUCGAGCAGCUCACUACCUGUAGUAGCUACCCUUCCUCAGAGGAUGAGGACAAGCCCACCACUGACCCUGUCUUCCAAGUAGUCUACAAGAGUCAGGCCAAGGAAAGCCCAAGGGAGGAAUUCAGUGCUGAAGAGCCCAAGGAAACUUUUGUGAAAGCUCACACUGAGAAAAAGGACUAUGACACCCAAAAAUACUUCUUGUCCCCAGGUGCUGCUCAUAGACCCAGGAGUCAGAAAUGUGUGGCCUAUAAGUUCCGAUUGGUGGUAAAAGCUGAUGGGACCCAGGAGACCAACAACGGCUGUCACAAGUUGAAAAUCAUGCCCUGCUCCUUCCCAGUGUCCAAGGACCCUUCAGCGAAAGGCCUGGAUCCCAACCUCAGCCACCAAAUGACCAAACGAAAGAGAAUGGUCCUUGUCAAGGAGAGGAAAGCAGCCCAGACCUUGAGUGCCAUCCUACUGGCCUUCAUCAUCACCUGGACCCCUUAUAACAUUAUGGUCCUGGUUUCCACCUUCUGUGACAAGUGUGUCCCAGUCACCCUGUGGCACCUGGGCUACUGGCUGUGCUAUGUCAACAGCACUGUCAACCCCAUUUGCUACGCCCUCUGCAACAGAACCUUCAGGAAGACCUUUAAGAUGCUGCUUCUCUGCCGAUGGAAAAAGAAAAAAGUAGAAGAGAAGCCGUACUGGCAGGGGAACAGCAAGCUCUCCUGAAAAGUAACAACUCCUCUCAAAAAAGUGACCAUGGUCAAUUUCUUCUGAGGACGGGUGGGCUGAUUCUGGCUUAUUUGU